AUGGAGAAACUCAAGCGAUCCAAGGUCGCCCAUUGGGCUGAUAAGCUCGCGGUCGAGAGCGAACCCAACCUCACCACGGCGCAGCUCAUGCUGUACAACCACGAUUUGAAGCCGGUUGAGCCUGAGCGCCGGCAAUGGGGCGCAUGGAAUUUUGUGGGUUUCUGGGUUGCCGACUCUUUCAACAUCAACACAUGGAUGAUCUCGUCUGCCAACAUCGUAGACGGUCUUUCAUGGUGGCAAUCAUGGAUUUGCGUCUGGCUUGGUUACUCCAUCGCCGCUUGUUUCGUCUGUAUGACUGGUCGUAUCGGUGCGACAUAUCAUAUCUCUUUCCCUGUCGUCAAUCGCUCCUCAUUUGGUAUUUGGGGUGCGCUAUGGCCAGUCUUCAACCGUGCAGCCAUGGCCAGUAUUUGGUAUGGCGUGCAAGCUUGGAUUGGUGGCACCUGCGUCAGCCUCAUGAUUCGAGCCAUCUGGAACAACUGGCGAAAUGCGGAUCCUGCCACUGGCGGAGGCGGCAUCAAGAACGGCAUUCCUGAUUCUGGUACAAACACAGUCGCUUUUGUGUCCUUCCUCUUUUUCUGGCUCGGAUCUUUGCCGUUCAUCUACCCACCAGUGCACAAGAUUCGCCACCUAUUCACGGUAAAAGCCUUCUUUGUACCCGUAGCUGGCAUUGCCUUCUUCAUCUGGGCCGUCGUUCGAGCAAAGGGUCUAGGUCCUAUUGUUCACCAGUCUGGUACCGCCCGUGGAUCCGAGUUGGGAUGGCUUAUGGUAAAGGGUAUCAUGAGCGCUAUUGCCAACUUCGCCACUUUGAUCGUCAACGACCCUGACUUUGCGCGUUUUGCGAAGAAGCCCUCCAACGCGUUCCUUCCCCAAUUGCUUACCAUCCCGAUCGGAUUUGCCGUCACCUCUUUCAUUGGUAUAAUCGUAUCGUCGUCUUCAACUGUCAUCUUUGGCAAAGCUAUCUGGAACCCAUUGGAUCUUCUGGAGCAGUUUCUCAAUGAAGGCGGAUCUGCCCAGCGAUUCGGCGUCUUCGUCAUCGCCGCAGCGUUCACGCUCGCCCAACUCGGAACCAACAUUGCAGCAAACUCCAUUUCUGCCGGAACCGAUAUGACGGCCCUUGCACCCCGAUGGAUCAGCAUCAGACGCGGUGGAUACAUCUGUGCUCUCGUUGGUCUCGUCAUGUGCCCCUGGAACCUACUCUCCACCACCAACAACUUCACAACCUACCUCUCCGCCUACUCCGUCUUCCUCUCCUCCAUCGCCGGUGUCAUGAUUUGCGACUACUACAUUGUCCGCAAGGGCUAUCUCCAGAUCAAGGAUCUCUACUCUGGCAAGAAGACAGGUCCUUAUUACUACACCCUAGGUUUCCACUGGCGAGGCUACGCCGCCUACAUCGCGGGUAUCCUGAUCAACGUUGUCGGUUUCGCAGGUGCCAUUGGGCGUGACGUUCCCAUUGGCGCACAGCGUAUCUACGACUUGAACUUCUUUGCGGGAUUCGGCGUUGCAAGUAUCACCUACUGGGCGCUCUGCAAGAUCAGCCCGGUCCCCGCGACGAGCGACGUCUGGAUGGAGGUUGGUGAUGAGAUUACAGAAAUCAGCGUUGCGUAUCAGGAUAGCGAUGAUGCUGACCGGUAUGAUGAGGAGGUUAUGCAUGGUGGCAGUGGCAAGGCAGCUGAGGAGCUCGCACACUCCAAGGCCUUUUAG